AUGGAUAUGUUAAGGAAGAUGAUGAGGAAAUCUCCUGCGGAGGACAGGUACACGGAGCUCGGAGAGCGAGAAUCGCGGGAACUGAUGCACGAGGACGCAGACCCGGAGGCAGCGGUCGAGCACGAAGCUUCGGGACGCCAAGUGUCGGGACAUCUGCAGGAUGGCUUGGCCAAGCAAUUCCUCGACAAACCGGGAAUUCCAAUGCCGCCAAUCCCCCGCUUCCGUGCGACCUUGUGCUGUCGAUGGCUGCUGCUGGUAUUCAUCUUGAUAGGCUUGGUACAUUGGCUUGGCCGCUUCAUGACGGUGCAAGCCUUUCACGACAUCACAAACGUGAAGGAGUUGGAGUUGGAAGUGGACAACUGUGAUGUGGAAAUGGCUCCUCUUCCUCCCAAGCUGAAGAACGGUGCGGUGACCAUUCAGUACUGGAAAUUCAUGAGCCAAAUCCAUCGCAUUUCGAGUGAGGAGGACAAGAUGACGAUCCAAGUGGACAUGAGGGUCAAAGUACCCAUGUUCCGCUGUCUCAUUUCCAUUUUCACGAAUCACAGCAAACUGGAUAAAAUUUCCGGACACAUCGGAGGAACUCAACAUUGUCGCUUGAUGAUGAUGGAAGCCAUCUCCAAGGAGGUGCACCUAACCUCCCAACAAGUGACUAUGCAGUUUCAAGCCUUGCCAAAGAAGGUGCAUGUGGAGAGCUCCCAAGGCUUGGUGGCGAUCCGCCCGCAAACGGUGCCGGAGGGCUGGGAUGCCACCAUCAAGAAAAGUGGCUACAACGUCUUCAGCAUCCUCAAUCUGAUCCUCAAUGCCAUUGGCGUAGGCGCCGUGUUAUGGUGGGCCUUCGCCUCUUGGCGCUUGCACAAGAUCCACUCGCCGCUGACGCCCGAUGGCCUUGGAACAGUGGCACCGGUGGCGAAAGCCGGGGUGCGCGGAGGCAAGGGAGGGAAGCAUCACUCUGCUGAGAAUCCAGACAGAUACUUCUCGCAAGGAGCUGCGCUAAAGGGUGGUGGUCCUCCACCGUUCUGGGUCUUCUGUGCAGGGCAGUGGCAGGACUGCUGGUGCCCCGGCGACAUUCGCUGGGGAAAUGAAGAGACUUGGCAUGUGGUGCCACUGCCCAAGUCGGGAGAUUCCCACAAAGUCACCUGUACCAUCGAGCAUUUGCCCGACAAUCUCCCUGGAGACGACAUGAAACACUGCGAGUGCUUGAUCGAUCCCAACUCUGCCAGCUAUCCCCGGACCAAUGCCAUGAUGCUGGAGGACGGGGAAGCUGAACGCCUGGGUGCGACGCUGGUGUCUUCAUGCGAACUGUUCUUUGGUGCGCGGAAGAAGCAGCCAGUGGAUAUGGCCCAAUGGAUGGCCAUGGAAGGCUUGUGCUCGGAAGACUGGGAGGAGCGCAUGCGCUUCAACCGCUCCAUGAAGGCUGGUCCAAAGCAAAUCAGUCUGGAAGUGCGACAGCAGCUCUUUCGUGCACGAGUGGAUGCACGCUUUAAGAAGAUCAUGUCCUCCGUGACAUCGAAGUCCUGGUUUCGCCGCGCUUUCGUGACCUACGUGGCCGGGGAACCAUCCAGUCCCUUUGUGCAGAUGGCCACGGAGCUCAUCAAGUCAGUUCACUACUUCUCCUCUUGGCCCAUCAUCGUCUUCAACUUCGGCCUGGUUACGCCACCAGCUUGGACCCCGGAGGAGUUUCCACGGCUGGUGAUUCUGCAUUCCUUGCCCCUGCCGCGCGAAAAUCCCAUGAAGAGGAGCUUCAACUUCAACAAGUUGCGAUCCAUCUUGAUGUCGCGGGUGAAGACGGGGAUCCAGCUGGAUGUGGAUCAGUUCAUUGCACCCAACGCGGACGUUCUCUUCAAACUCACCGAGGGCUAUGUGGACAAGGCGUAUCCCUUCCCCCUGAUGCCGGCGCACUUCCUGGACUGGAGCAUCAAGGACCAGAAGGACGCCCCGUGGUGGCCCAGAUAUUGCCCCAAUCCCAGCAAGCCGUGCCCCAUGCAGACCAUGCGAUGGGCCCACGCCCAUCCCACCUGGACCUACUGGGCCUUGCCCUUCUUCGGCCGCUGGGUGCGGCGCCACUUCCGCGACGAGCGGCUGCCCAACGUCACGCUGCAAGGCUUCGAGGCCCCGGGGCUGCGCGUGGGCAACAUCCCGGAGGACGAGGAUUUGCUGAACGUGGCGCUGUGGGAGGAGCGUGCCAGCAAGCAGUGGUGCAAGUUCGACGUCCCCGCUACCGUGGAGUUCGAGUCCCUGUUGACCUGGCAGAGCAGCCAUGGCAACAGCUGCAAGGAGGGCAUUGGUUGCACCAACAUCGGGGGAGACGAACGUUGGUACAAGAACGGCGUGCCAAAGGUCUACUGGACAGCGCAUCAUGCAGUGGAUGCAGCCCAGACUGCGCAAAUUCUGGAGCGCAUUCAGGCGAAGGAGAAGGAGGGCAACUGGCCACCGGCCAUUGUCUACGAUGAGAAGUUCUGGAAAUCUGGGGAGGAGUUGCAUGCUGCAUAUCCGGACCUCCAGAAGAGAGAUGCAGCCAGAAUAUCGUGGAAUAUCUGCGAAUUGAAGUCCCAAAGCUGGGCAAAGCGCCUGAUGCACGGGGGCCAAAGGCCAAGAGAGGCAUGUGCCUUCCGUGGUGAGCAAAGCAAUGCGAGAGCUGCGGCGGACCACGCCAACGUCCUGGUGGAGGUGCCAAGUUCCUUCAGCUUGGACCUAGCAGGAGAAUCGGAGAAGCACACGGUGCUGGCGGGCGAGAAAGUGCACACGGCCACCCCGGGGCAGUACCAGAUGCACGGCGGCCCCAAGAAUGGCAAAUUGAAGUCGGACUUCCCAGGGGUGUGGAGACGAAGGGAGCCAGAUGCAUCAUGA